CGCCCGGGGCGGCCCCGGACUCGGAGCCCCGUAGUCGGGUUCCCUUUAUGGUCCUGAUUUCCGGCCCCUAGCCUGCUCGCCCCGCCGCCCGCCUGUCCCGUUCCCUCCCUCCGCGGGACCCGGAGGACUCGGGGACCAUGCCGGAGCCCGGGCCGGACGCCUCGGGCACUGCCAGCGCGCCACCCCCGCAGCCGCCGCCCCAGCCUCCCGCGCCCAAGGAAUCCCCGUUCUCCAUCAGGAACCUGCUCAACGGAGACCGCCACCGGCCUCCCCCGAAGCCUCAGCCGCCCCCACGGACGCUUUUCGCUCCGGCCUCGGCCGCCGCCGCCGCGGCCGCCGCCGCCGCCGCUGCCAAGGGUGCCCUGGAGGGCGCCGCGGGCUUCGCGCUCUCGCAGGUGGGCGACCUGGCUUUCCCCCGCUUUGAGAUCCCAGCGCAGAGGUUUGCCCUGCCCGCGCACUACCUGGAGCGCUCCCCGGCCUGGUGGUACCCCUACAUCCCCGCCGGCGGCCACCUCCCGCGCCCAGAAGCCUCGGAAAAGGCCCUCCUGCGAGACUCCUCCCCUGCGUCCGGCACCGACCGCGACUCCCCGGAGCCCCUGCUCAAGGCGGACCCCGACCACAAGGAGCUGGACUCCAAGAGCCCGGACGAGAUCAUUCUGGAAGAGAGCGACUCGGAGGAAGGCAAGAAAGAGGGCGAGGCGGUGGCGGGCGCGGCCGGGACGACCGUGGGGGCGACGGCGGCGACCCCGGGCUCGGAGGACUGGAAGGCGGGCGCCGAGAGCCCGGAGAAGAAGCCGGCGUGCCGCAAGAAGAAGACGCGCACCGUCUUCUCGCGCAGCCAGGUCUUCCAGCUCGAGUCCACCUUCGACAUGAAGCGCUACCUGAGCAGCUCGGAGCGCGCCGGGCUGGCGGCGUCGCUCCACCUCACCGAGACCCAGGUCAAGAUCUGGUUCCAGAACCGCCGCAACAAGUGGAAGCGGCAGCUGGCGGCCGAGCUGGAGGCGGCCAACCUGAGCCACGCCGCGGCUCAGCGCAUCGUGCGCGUGCCCAUCCUCUACCACGAGAACUCCGCGGCCGAGGGCGCGGCGGCCGCCGGGGCCCCAGUGCCGGUCAGCCAGCCGCUGCUCACCUUCCCGCACCCCGUCUACUACUCGCACCCCGUGGUCUCGUCCGUGCCGCUGCUCCGGCCGGUGUAAGACGGGAGAGGGGAGAGGGGGUGAGCGCCCCCGGCCGCCUUGCGGGGACCCCGGAGCUGACUGGGCCGGGCCGAGGGGGCGCCGGGCUGUGGCCAGCGGCCUUGGGUUCACUGCCUUGCCUCCCAACCUCCCCCCACCCCAUAGCAUUUUGUAAGUAUUUGCAAUGCAUUUUUUUUUUCGUGCAAUUCAUUCCUAUGAAUUUGAGGCGCUUCUCCUCUUAUUUUUGGUUUUGCUUACCAUUGAGAGAAAACGGGGUGGGGUGUUGGGGGGGGAUAAAGACAAAAUUCCCAGGUCAAAACUUCCAACUGAAAGUUGUUUUUGUUGUUGUUGCUUUUUUUUUUUUUUUUUUUUUUUUUUGUAAAAUGUUCAGAUCUCCCCUUAAAUUUCCAUUGUGCUGUGGCUUGGAGGCGGAGAGUAUUUUUACAGAAGGAAAACAAGCGAAAAGCUCAACUUCUUUUAGUUUAUUCAUUUUCUAUAGAACUAUUUUCAAAAAUCCCAAGAGAGAAUUCCUAUUUUGAAUUCAUAUUAAUUAUGACAGUCUGGAUUUCCGGGUGUGGUUCUUCUCCCCGCCCGCAGUCAGUUAAAACCACGCUUUCAAAAUCUAAGUGGCCUCUAGGAAGACCCCCACCCCACUCGGCCAAUCUGUGGUAGUUAGCGUCAUUUGUCUCAGUCCGUGACUGAAGGAUUCUGUAACCAAAAUGCUUAAAGGGUAAAGACAAAAGCCCCAAAUCAGACCUCUAAAUCAGACCAGCUCCACCACAUCUGGCUGGGUUCCAGCGGUCUUAUUUAUCACUAGCAUAUAUUUAGUGGUAUUUCACUGGUCAGUAAAUUGUUAUUUAAUAUCACUAUUACUACUCUGUUACCUGCUUGAGAGACUGGUCUCAGUAUUUUUUUUUUUUUUUGGUAGAAAAAAAAUUACAUUUUAUCCUGUCCCAUUCUUACUUUGCAGCAACUAUUGUGCUUUGACCUGUGCAAUAUUGUACAAAUUUUCCCUAGGGCCCUGUCCCUUCCUCUGUGGGAGUGAAGACCACCACGCCACAGCCUAAUCAUUAAGUAGAGGGAAGGUUAAGCAGGAGAGAGGGGGAAGGAAGAAAGCAAGGCAGGUAGCGGUGCUCAAGGAAGAGCAAGCUGGGCAGAGUGCAGCGCUUUAAGUGAAGGACAAUCAACAUAGGAGAAUCUUAACUUAUUUGAUAAAUGUACAGUUUUCUUGUAAAAAUCCACCCUUCCGUCCACAGGGCCCCUUGCUCUGGUUCCCUGUUGGCUACACCUGUUGUUCUGAGUAGUCUGUUUCCCCCUCCCUGCCCCGUCCUCCCCCUCCCAUCCCUGUCCUCCCCCUCCCCAGUUCAGUCCCUUUUUAAGAAAACAAACAAAACAAAACAAAAAAAAACCUCCACAAAAUAUUGUUACACUUAAUGUGUUGUGGAAUCGAAUUAAUUAAAAAGAAAAAAUAAGCCUUUCACGUUGCCAGAGUGUGUAACUUUGCAUGAUCCCCACCCCCCACCCCCCAGAGCAGGUGUCCAGGGAAACUCUUCUUGCCCUCUCUGACUGCCUCUGUGCUCUCUCAGCCCUACCUGCACUUACGCCCCUUAAUCCAGCC